AUGGUAUACUGGGUAGCCAAACAGGUCAGGCAUCCCAGAGUUGACGAUUAUGAAAAGGAGGAAUGGCUAGAGUCAAUGCUCCCUCGACCAGCGACGCAGUUUUUCCUUGAACUGAUAGGUAAGGAAAUGAGUAUGACUCGUUUGGAAUGGGAAAGCCAAGAGAAUGUCCGUUGUCCGGAACUUGUAGGCUCCAUUAACCAAAUAACUGAGUAUCUCCUGUGCGAAACUCAACGGCUGAGCGACCAUGAGCGCUCGGCCUUGAAAAGCAAGUAUCAAUAUACCCUGUGCGCACUGGCUGCAAUGAAGCUCUACAGUGGAAACCAAGAUCCAUUCUUUGAAGACUUUUUUGAGGAGUAUAGUGAAGCGGACAGUAAGACCCCCGAAAGAGUAACCAUGGAUAUCUGCAGCGCUGCGGGGAUAGUAGCCAUAUUUGAAGAUGACGCUGCCCUAUUGACUCGGGUAUUGACUAGGGGGCCAUUCUGUGUCAAUACUGCUCAUGAAUUCUUUGGCAACCCAAUCCUGGUGGCCGCGCAGAAAGGGAGCCUUGAGUGUAUGAAAAUUCUCCUUAAACAACCUAGAAGAAGAUUCGUCACAGAUGGCGCGGGGCUAAAUGCGUUACACAUUGCCGCCAUAGCGGGAGAUGUGUCAAUGAUCAAACUAUUGCUUGAGAAUAUCGAUGGAACACUUUAUCAAGAAAGGCAGAGAGGGCUACCGUUGACUCUUGCGGCAGAAAAGGGACAUAGAACUGCUGUAGAUGUCCUACUUCACGGCCUAGAUCCUCGGCCCAUUGCUGAAGAUGUCGAUGAGGCCAUUGCAGCUGCCGCGGGCGCUGGCCGUGAAGGGAUCGUAAGAUAUCUCUGGGACUAUAGUAGUUUGCCUGCUAAUGCUAGAACAGUGCGUGACAUCGCACGAUUGAAUUUGAAUGACGAGGAAACCGUUAACGCCGUCGAUAGAGCGGAUGACGGGGAUGUUGACAAGGCGGAUGCUAAUGACGUGGAUGCUGAUGAUAAUGAUGAUCUAGAUUUAUGGCUUUCAAACCCAGCAAGAGCCGCUCCCAUAACAAGUUGUGCAGUCGAUGAUAUGUUUGGCAUGAGUUUGGAGACGGACAUGCUCCUGGCCGCUGCCAUAAAGGACCAUGAGAAUAUAGUCAGUCUUAUUUUUGACUCUGAUGUGCUACGGCCCCAGACCCGUAGGGGAGUAGCUGCUUCGUGUUUCCAAGCUGCCUUGCAACAUGAUUGCACAAAGGUCGCAAAGAUGCUACUCAAUCGCUUUGAAGGCCUAGCCAAUGAGAAAUAUGGCGUGAGCGCUACAGAGCCCUUAGCUUUCGCGGCUGCGUGUACAGCCACAAAUGUCAUGAAACUCCUUCUCGAACGAGACGACAUUGAUGUCAAUAGUCGUGACGCAAGCCGUGCUACUGCAAUAUGCUAUGCAAUGAGACCCCCCAUGGAAACGGUUGAUAGAGUGACGGAUGAAUUCGAAGCGCUUAGGCUUCUGGUUGCCCAUGAUAAAGUUGACGUCAACUGUGCAGACAGCUUCGGCGACAAUGCACUGAUGGGAGCAGCUAUAGCUGGAGAUCGGCGAAUGGUAGAUCUAUUGAUGAGCCGUGCGGAACUUGAUGUCAAUGCCAGUAAUCGCUUCGGCGAAACUGCGCUCUCACGCGCUGUUGUGCUAGGAAACAUUGAUGUUAUUAGAAGCCUACUGGCUCGAAAUGACAUUAAGGCCGAUGAACGAAACAAGCUUGGCCAGACUCCGUUCCUGAUUACGGCCGUCACAGGCCGUGUUGAUAUUAUGGAGCAGUUCACCAGCCGCCCCGAUGUCGACAUCGAGGCGAAGGAUCCCAAGGGACGAACCGCGCUCUGGUUAGCCGCUCACCGGGGAAAUGUUGACACCGUCAGCUAUCUGGUUCGCCAUAGUGCCAAUAUCAACGUGGAUCUCAAUGUGCGAGAUGAUGAGGGUGUAUCUCCAUUGGAAGUUGCAGAGGGAAAACACUCUGCAAAAUAUGAAAGGACGGUACUGGUUCUGACUGGGAAAUGCAAGAUAAACGAGACAGCCGAGCGUCCAUCCUAUAUCGACGCCGACCCAGCAUCCUUCCUAUUACCAUUUGAUUGUUGUGUGGCUUGUGAAUUGAUUCACCCAAAGGCUCACGGAAUCUAUUUCGGCCAAUUUCCUGGCUUUUCUGACCCGUCCUGUAAUGGCAUCGAUCUCGACGAAGACGACCUGUCCUAUCCGGACGACGACAACCGCUCUUUCUCAGACUUCUCUGUCUCAGAUCACAGUCCCUCAGAUGAUGGAAAAAUCCGCUACUAUCACCCAAAUUGUUACAAUUGA